GACGAUGAUGGCUAGCAAGGAAAGUACCGGCUGCGAGGAAGAAGAGCUAUAUUGCGAUUUCUGGAAACAGCGGUUUUCUAAGGCUGUGAAAGAAACAUGCAUCCAAUUGGGGAAAGAGUCGGGCUUGGCUUGGGAGGGGCUUUAUAAGAAAUCGAAACUGAGCCAGGGACGAAGUACUUUCGAGUUUGUAAGAGGAGAGCAGAGCGGUUUUCAGCGGUGAAGCAAUGAGUCGGGCAGGAGCAGGGCAAGCCAGGUACGGGAUGGCUGCUGCGUCUCCUUCCGACUCCAGAAGAUACUACCAGACAGCUGAUAACUUUUCGCGGCAAGCUGUCCUUGGAGAUCCUCGGAAAAAUGAGGACUUGGGCCAGCAGCAGGACCCUGAAGACGAAGUGUUCUCUUCGGGGGGACAGCAGCAAGAAGCGCGUGUGGGUGCAUAUACCGUGAUACCUCCAAAUCCAACAAAAUGGAAUCAACUGCAGAAAAUUGCUAAUACAGAGCUGGAAGAACUUGCAAAAUGGAAGGAACAGCACAGGCCACUAUCAAUUCAUCUGCCCCCCCAGAAACUGGGUGGCAGAGCAUCAGAGGCUGAAGUGAGGCAAAAACAGCAGUUUGAGUCCCUCCAAUCUAAAUAUCAGCAAAAGCUAAAAAGAGAAGAAUAUGGAAGAAUUAAGAGAGAGGCUGAAGAAGCUGACAUUCUGAAAAAGAAAGCAAUUCAAAGAGAGAAGGCCAAUAAGCUUGAAGAGAAACGAAGGCAACAAGAAUGGCAAAGACAACAGAUGUUUGACGAAGACUACUUUCUAAAAACAACUGCAUUCUUGAAUAGCCUGGAUAUGGGCCCAUCUGAGAGAACCUCUUGUCAGACAGACUGUCAUGAUUUCAAAUCUUCAGCUUGGGCCAGAAGCCACUCAUACAAGCGAAUCCAGAGACAAGAAGAAGACAGAAAACUGCAGGAGAUGAAAGAGGAGCAACGGCGAAAGGCUGAAUUAUUGCAACAUAAACAAAAGCAAGAGGAGAGAGUAAGAAUAAAAGCGCAGCAGAGAGUGAAUAAUGCAUUUCUGGACAGGCUACAAGGCAAUAGUCAGCCAGGUAGCAUUUACCGAUCUGGAUGUCUUGGGAAUAUGGAUUCUAGUGCUGACAGCUGGGUGCCCCCGCCCCAGUAUUUCCAGUAAAACCAAAAACUAGAAAGGUUUCUUGACACACUUGCUUCAGGGAAAUUGCUUCAGAUAUUUAUUUUUACCUAUCAUCACUUUAUUCGGCCUUGCUGCCUGACCUGCUGUUGCUUCUUUCUUACUCGCAAGUAUUUGAAGCUAUUGAUUAUGAAACUGGUAUUAAAUCUCAAAGAAAUGGCUUUUCUCUCUCAUAGCUUGUCAUGCUUGUCUGAGGUGAUCUUGAAUCUCUCAAGAGAUUUUAUGUCUAUGUCUCUAGAAAUGGCAGUAACAUGUCCAUACUACUCUAACAAGCCAUCUGAGUUGCAGAAGCUUGAAAUGUGUUUUGCGUGUGUGUCCUGUUUUUAGUGGGUUGCUGAGACAGAAAAGAACUGCCACACUGUAUUGUAAAUGCUUUUAAUUCAAAUCUUUGUGUAAUAUUUUUCUACUUGAAAAUGUUUAUAUAAAUAAAAACAUAAAGCUUA